AUGGCUACCUGCAAUCUCUUCGACGAAGAUGUUGUCUGCUCAGGUUCGCCUGAAAGUGGAUUUGUCUAUGGUUUAGUUAUAGAAAAUUCUGAAUUUUUGAGCAGCAGUGAAGAUGAGGACGAGGAAGACGAAAUGGAAGAUGAAAGGGUCAGAAAGGGGUCUGUGAGAGUCGCCUGGCACCCUGACGGCAAGGAAACAGUCGUGGACGAAAAUGAGGUGAUUCUGGUGGACCGAUCUUUAAUGCCAGGAGACGUGAUUCGAAGGUCUGUAAACGGUAAAGACAGUCAACAAGGUUUUGUACAAGAUAUGGAAUUGACUUGUCACAUUCGAGUUCUCGGAACAAAUAAAUAUAUUUAUAAUAUCAACACCAGAAAUUUUAUCCCCAUGGAGGAUUUUGACUCUAAGCCAGGGGAAGUAACCUUAGAUUCAUGGAUUGGAAGAUUUGAAACUAUGAAUAGAAAAGUAACAAUAAGAAUGCCAGAUGGUGCCAGAUGUAAGAUUAUGGAAAGUGAUAUUUAUGAAUUUGACACAAUUGAUGACAAAAGAUCGAGGCAUUCAGAAUAUUGGAGCAGUGUUUGUUACCCACAACAGAUAUUUAAAGGAUCACUGGGAGAUCUACAUGGGGUGGAGUGGUUACAUUCUACCAUGUUUCAUAACCCACGAAAUGUAGAUCAUAAACAACACAGUCCUGUUACCUUUAUUGUUGAAUCGGUUGAAACAGAGAGUGUAGAAGUCCACUGGUUGGCCCGAGGAUUUUCUCAAGUUGAGGAUCCACAAGUCAGAGUCGAACCUCCACCUAGAUUAGUCCGAGGGGAUCAGUUGAAAAGAAUGUCUCAAAUGGACUGGUUUUAUAACUGCAGUGUUCAGAUUGGAGAUAGAGCAUACUAUGUAAUACAAGAUACAGAUACAAUCGAGACACACCCACCUAAAAAACAGGUUGUUCCAGAAAUUAUCUCUAAACUUGGUACCAAAACUGAGGGUUUAGUUAAGGUAAAAACUGAGAAGAAGAAGAGUAAAGACAGUAAAGGAGGAGGUGAUGGGGUAAAUGAGAAUGGUAAUGAUGACAAUACUGAUGAUGAUGAUUAUGAUGAUGAUGAUGAAUAUGAGGAUGAUGAUUCGGACGAAUCAGACGCUGGUUCUGUUAAUUCGGGAUCUUCUCAAGGCUCAGCAUCAGGUAAAAAGAAGAAGGGUAGAAAGAAACCGUCUCUACAGUUGAAGAUGUUACGUGGUAGGCGAGGAAGGAGGCCUAGAAUGAAGUUUAAUCUUCCAGAAAGGAAAUUAACGGCUGGUGAGAAAGUUCCAGUAGAAAUUUGCUACACUGUUUCGAAAGCUAACGUCAUGUGGCAGGAUGGUACAGUAGAAAAUAACAUGCUAUCAGCAGAGUUAUACCCCAUACAUCAUCUAGAUGAGUUGGAAUUCUUCCCUGGUGAUUUUAUUAUUGACGCAAAAGAUACGGAGGGUUUUAAUGAUUAUGGUGUAGUUGUGUCAUGUGAUCAUUCUGCUAGAACAUGUUAUAUACAGUGGUUACGCCCGUAUGAAGUUGGCAAAUCAAAGCGACCGACAGUAUUAUCUGAUGUACAUGAAGUCAGUGUUUAUGAUAUAAAAGAUCAUCCACAUUAUAAAUUCAGACCUGGUUAUAGUGCUAUUAGAGUGGGAGGUUUCGAGGAUACAGAACAGAAGUUAUCAGCUGUUGGUCAAGUGUACAGAUUAAACCCUAGUGGGUCCAUACAGAUAAAAUGGGCAGACGGAACUCUCUCCGAUUGUUUUCCUCAAGAAUUAUAUCUAGUUAGUGAUGAGCUGAGUGAGUUUGGUGAGAGUGAGACAAUGUCGUCCAGUGAGUCCGAGUCUGAAAGCGAAGACGAGUCUUCUGAAGACAAUUCUGAUGCAUCAUGGGAAACAGAAACAGAAGAAGAAGUAUCACAUGAUGAAGAAGUGAAAGAGGAGAGUGUGAAAGAAAAAGAUGCUGUACCAUUUUCGAAAACUUUAAUGAAAGAUUUGACAGUAAAGAUGGUGGAGGCUCAUCAGGUUUUGGCUGGUUUGGAGGACAGUUUCCACUCUAUCUCAUCCGUUGCCUCUCUGGAGAUCGCUGAUUGUUACUCUGAUGUGGUGUCGUUGUAUAAAACUUGUAAAAACAUUGAUAAAAUGCUCAAGACAAAAUUUUUCGAGGACACCGAUCUUCAGAUGUGGUUGUCGCAACUUCGCGAAGCUCAUAGAAACGAGAAACUGAAGAAAGUCUCGCGUAAUAUCAAUUAUAGAUACAAUUCUUAUAACCAGGAUUUAAUCGAAGCGAAAAUGAAAGAAAGCCAGAGCAUGGAGUUAGAUUUAGAUCUUGAUUUUUCAACGGCUUCCAAUGCAGACGACAGUUUGUUUCAAGAUGGUGACCGGACGCCAAAUGAUGCGGAAAAUCCCUUCAGUUUAGAUUCAACUACAGACGCACAUCUUAAAGGUGCCGCUGCAAAACCUAAGCCAGCAACAAAUGAAAGCGGAGCUGCAGCAAAUACGAAUUUAAACAAUUUACAAGGAGUUAAAGAAGCAUGGACAGACACGCAAUCCAUAAAAACUGAAAGUUCUGGAAAGACUGAUGUUAAUAAAGAAGAGGGUAAGACGCAAAAAGAGUCUGAAAGUGGUGCAUCUAAUGGCGAGGAUAUAAAAUUCAGGGUGGAAAUUAUGGGUGGAAUAAGUUUCGCAUUGAAAGUUCAUCGACGAAUUAAACACAUCAUCGCUUUCAAAGUCCAGAAAGAGAUCGACAAACGCUGGGGAAAAGGGAAGUAUGCAGACGACAAAUCAGAUUCUGACUCGAAAUCGAAUUCUACGAAAUCCAAAUCGAAGAGCAAAGAGACCAAAGAUGCAUCUCCGGAAGUUGUGAAAGAAACGCGAGACAAUAACGAUGAGAGUCUGGUAGAGAAAAUGUGCCAGCAACAUUUACCAGAUUUGAAAACUGAAGCAGAUGCAGUAAAUGGUGACUCAGCAGAAUUGAAUGAGCAGACAGAUUGUGAAGAGUUUGUAAGAAAGAAGUUGAAUAUCAGUAUUAGUAUGGAUGAUAGUCGAAUUGCUGUGGAUGAACUCGGAUCACCCCUCUCAGUUACAGGUUUCCAGUAUUAUGGUGAAGUACCACUAGGACAUCAAUUCUAUACCAACCAAUUUUCUCCCAACGUUCAACGUUCUUUUAUGGUUUCUGUUCAAAAAGAGUUGAAAUUAUUAGAAUCUAGUCUACCACCAGGAAUUAUUGUCAAAGGUUUUGAAGACAGAAUGGACCUGUUUUCGGCCAUGUUUGUUGGUCCAACCAACACCCCGUAUGAAGAUGGUUUGUUUGUGUUCGACCUCCAGUUAUCUCCUGAUUAUCCAGUCUCACCACCGUCGCUACACUACAUAUCUUACUGUACGGAACGUUUAAACCCCAACUUGUACGAGGAUGGUAAAGUGUGUAUUAGUUUGCUAGGGACCUGGUCUGGAAAGGGAAAUGAAUUAUGGUGCAGUAAAUCUAAUCUACUUCAAAUCUUCGUCUCAGUUCAGGGAUUAAUAUUAGUAAAAGAGCCUUAUUAUAAUGAAGCUGGUUACGAGAAACAACGAGGAUCUCAGCAGGCGUAUGAAAACAGCCGAAUGUAUAACGAAAUGGCAAUAUUAAAACUGGUACAGGCAAUGAGUGCAAUGGCUGAACGACCACCAAAAAUAUUUGAACAGGAAGUGAAAGAUCAUCUGCUGAAUAAUGGACCCAGGAUGAUUAAACGAUUAAGAAGUUGGAUCGAAAUAUCUGGAUAUUCAUUCUCAGUCCCAGCAACCAAAAACACAGGAAGUUCUACAAGUGAUAUAAAAACCGAAAGUAGACCAAAUAUAGACAAUGUUUCGUCUUCAUCUGUUGAUUCAAGCUGUGAUAAAGACAAUAAGGGUGAUAACUCUGGUAGCCAUGUGAAACUAGAGGGCGCUUCCAAGAACAAUAACUCUUCUAGUCCUCAAGACAGCAUUACUAAGUCUUUCACAGAGGGCAAUCCUUCUACGAAACCUGACUUUCCACUGUUUCCCGUAUCCAAGGGUUUCUGCUUGUCGUUAAGAAGCAAUUUGCAAAAGUUUGAAGAUAAUUUGAAAAAAUUGCAACAGAAAUGA